GUCUUCACUAGCUUGCUUGGCUUCGAGGUUCUCACACUGCACGCAGCAAGGUUGUUGGUUUGGAGUUUUUUGCCACCAGAAGAAUUCAAAUUCUGCACCAGAUUUGGGAAUAGAGAACCAUAUUCCAAGCUCACCUUUCGUGGUUUCCGCUAUUUCUGUACGGGCGGUCAGUGGUUGCAAACGCAUCUUCCUCAGACUCUGAUGUUGAGCCUGCCAUCUCUCGUAUUCCUACCCUCCCUGUGUGUCUUUGGGCUGACCGAGAUGGACCCUCAGUGGGGGGACGCCAACUUCGCCGAGGUCCACAGCAAGCUGUACGACGAAAUCAUGAGUUCCAUCCACCUGGUCUUCGGGCACUUCAGCGAUGGAGUUCGAGGACUUCCGGCGGAACACCUCGGGCAGGCCAUGCGGAUCCUGGGGAUGAACCCCACGGAGGAUCAGGAUCUUUGGCCGCAGAUUGUCUACAAACACUUGGCAGAUCUUGGUCGCCCAUACAUCGACCAAGCGACGUUUCACCGUUUCAUCCAGGACGAAUUGACAAAGUAUCUCGAACAGGUUCAGGCUGUGGUUGACUAUCUGAAGCAAUAUGAUACGGACAACAAGGGCGCCUUGUCCACUGAAGAAGUUCAAGCAGCGAUCAGAGGAAGUGAGCUGAGCCAGAAGAAGCUCCAGGCUUGUUGGGGAAGAAUCAGAACUUGCAGUAAAGGUCAGCUGGAUAUUGUGGAGCUGGCAACGUGUUUUCUGGAGCUGGGUGAUGAGGCGGAAAUGCUUGAGCCAUCGGAGGCAGAGAAAGAGAGAGCAUCUGCGAGUGAAGCAGAUAGCAAAGCAGUCGAAAUUCAGGUGGUCAAAGAUGAUGUAUCAGCUGAUGCCGAGGCACAUGCGGGAGCUGGGGUUCCUUCUUUUGGUGGAAGACAGGAGAGCGCCAGUGGCCCUGCAGCCUACAGCACGAUGUUCAGCGACAUCAUCGCUUCCACGAACGCGGUCUUCAGAUAUUUCUCCCAGCCUUCUGGGGUUCCCGCGGAACGACUUGGACAUGCCAUGGCUAUUCUUGGGAUGAACCCCACGGAAGAUGAGGUCAAAAAGCAUUUGGCAGGUCUCGGUGGUCCAAAAUACAUUGACCAAAAGAUGUUUCACCGUUUCAUAGAGGAGGAAUUGGGAAAGCUGAUUCCGAAAGUUCAGGAAUUGCUCGACUAUCUAAAGCAGUUCGACAUGGGCGGUAAAGGGGCAUUGUCAGAGGAAGAGCUGCAAGAAGUGAUGAGAGGAAGUGAGCUGAGAAAGGACGAAGUCCAGGCCGGGUGGGAGCUGCACGAUGGAAUUUGGAGGUUGUCAUUCUUUAAAGUUUGUCACAAGACUGCAAAGCCAAUCCUGGUCAUUCCAUACAUAACUGGUUUACGCAUGCAUAGACUUUAG